AGAUAUAUAAGAAGGGAUGGAAGGAGGCAUUAGUGCCGCUUGUAGUCUCCUCUCUUUGACUAUGAAGGGUGCUCCUAUCUCUAUCUGGUUGCUACUGCUACUCGGUUUCUUUCUCGAAGGACAAGCCAAAAGGCCACAUUACAAGCACUUCGAUGAUUACUUGAUCGAUCUCGAUCGAAACGAACAAAAACAGUUGAUCGAUACGGAUGAAGAGAUCGAAGGAAGCGGUAACGCGGAUACUGAUACACAUAAUCCUUGGUCCAAGUCGAAUUUCUUUCGUUUUAUAACAGAAUCCACUACUAAGAAGAAGUCGACGUGUUGUAUGCUUGGUGUAAUGGCGGGCGAUAAAGGUUUCCAUUGUUACGUAUACUUCUACUUAGCAAGAAUUAUGAGGAGGAACAGGAACCGUGCCCACAACAAGAAGAUAGUUUUCGGCAAUAGCGAAAGAAUGGAUAAAUCUAGAGAGAAAUUAAUGAUGACGUUCGAGCAGUGCGUCGUGGGUAAGGGUACCGUAUUCCACAAAUGCUGCCACCUAGCGGCAAUGAACAGUGACUACGACAAUGGAAGAAGACACCAGAAAAUGAAGAAAUACUGAAGACAUGCCAAAGAUUUACAGCUUCGUAGCAGGAAAAAAAAGGAGAGGAAAAUAAUGAACUGUAAGAAGAAGAAGAAUAGAAUUUCGAAAAUAAC